CUUCUGGUCCCAUGCUCCGCCAAAAAGUAUAGCUAUAACUACAACUAUAACUAUUAUAAAAAUGGCAUCUGGGCGUCGAAUUUCGCACAAAAGAUUGGCUCCAAGGAGUUCCGCUCGUACCUCAUGUCGACGCAUUUCUGGGGCCCCGUGCCAACUGGGGCAUUCCCUUGAGUGCAAUUGCGGACUUUAACUCGUCACCCGAAAAGAUUUCGGGCAAAAUGACUACGGCUCUGACCUUCUACAGCCUGCUGUUCAUGCGGUUCUCCUGGAUGGUCAGCCCACGAACUACUUGCUGUUCGCCUGCCAUGCGACAAACGAGGUCGCCCAGCUGGUGCAGCUCAGCAGGUAUAUUGAUUAUAACGGAGGUAUUACCCAGGUUUGAAGAGGAAUGUUAGCGCAUUUAAGGAGAAGGCUGACAAGUCUGCUUAAGACUAGAAUACUGGAGAUCCGAAGGUGGGAAGGAGAGGGAGAAAUGUAGUUGAUAUUCGAGUCUUUUUGGUUAUCUGGUCUUUUGGUUUUUUUUUUGAAUACGAAAUAUUUGUUUUCUUUAAUUCGUCGUUAAAGGCUUUAUUUUUAUUUGUUGGACUAGUCGAAAGAAUAUG